GGUACUUGGUACAGGAUCAUUAGUAGGCUUAGUGUAGUUUUCUCCUUGGAGUUAUGGGAUGGGAGUGCUCCUUUUGCGAGCUCAUAAAAAGACGAGCAUGACCAGCUCAUUACCUCAGCAAUAAAAGAAUACAGCCUCCUGUGCAGUGUAAGCAAUGUCAGCGUGCAGAGUCCAACAGCUCCUCUGGCUCGUUUCGUGGGAGAUGAUUGUCAAAGUCUUGAGCUCCAACUUCAGACCAGCAGUCUGCGUUCAGGGACCACCAUGCCCUCGGGAAAGACCAUCAAACUCAUCCUGUACGAGCUGCUGCAGUUUGCAGCCCUUAUUGUACCUGUGUUUGUGAUCAUGGAGAGGUUCGCCACACUCAUACAUGAUGUUAAAGGACGGGAUGUAACCGCUUACUGGCUGGUGGUGGCGGCCUCCUUGGCCUAUGUGACCUCUGUAACCCUGCUGGUGUGGGUCCCCUUGAAAUAUGUGAUCAUCAAGAAGAGGAGGUUUAUCUCAGAGAUCACACAGUGGCGACCCACAGCGCUAGCGUACAUCCUCCUGUGCACAUUACCCUGCUUUGCUAUUCUAAUAGCCAGCUCCAAGGUGCAAGUGGACAAUGGAGUGAGAUUAGAUCGUUUCACUGAAUUGCCUGUUUCCUUGGUGCUUGUCACUCUCAUCUGUGUGGACAUCAUAGAGAGGAUUCGGUCCUGCAAGCUCUUGGGACCAUCAGACAGCCUGGACUCUGACCUUGAUAUGCCUGGCCCCAUUCUCACCCACCUGGAGCAGGUGACCACUAUAACAGGCCAGCUGCCCACUGAUGAGGUCCCGAACAGUGUGACCCAAGCCCACCCAGAGGUGAGGAAUGGCAGCGUCACAGGCAGAUGGCAGGACCCCCCACGCCCACCCAGCGGCUUGACAAUCAGCUCACGAGCUACCAGCCCAACCUACCUGUAUUCCUCGUCCUCACGGCCCAGAGCCUACUCUGGUCCUCUGGGCUUCCUGUGGAGGAGGGAUGGCCGGGCGGAGGUAUUAGUAGAUGGUUUUCUGUUCUGGAUGGACACUGUGGAGUUAGUGAGAGUAGCAGGAGAGCCGUCAGUCUUCUACUCAGCCUGGGUGUUCCCUGUCUACAUCCUGGCCUUCAUGUCAACUCUCCGCAUGGUCAUCACUCCUCAAAACCCCCUGCUGUCCUUCGCCGGGGUCGCUCUGCAGGACUUUCCUUUCUUUAUCCUAAGAGUGGCUCUGAUCUCUGUGUUCCCUUAUGUCACCCCUGUGUUGUACCCACUGAAAAAUGUGCUGGUGAGCCUGACUUUUAUCUACUUCACAUUCCUGACCAGGCUGAAGGUUUUCAAAAGGCAGAGCAUGUUCUGAGGAGGAGAGGCUCCUUCUGUUGUUAAUGAGAGAUCUGCUUUGAUUGUGCAUGGUGGAACAGUUGGUGUAUUUAUGUGUAGGGGCAGGCAGCACCAGAGAAACACUGUGCUGCUACUGAUGAUGAAGGACAACAUGUUUUGAAUUUAAAUGGCUGCAAAUGUAUGUGAGGCUGUUCAUCUAAAUCCGAGCGUAAAGGUGAUUCUGGAGUGUACAGAAAGUCACCUGGUCUCAUUUUCUGUGAUGUAUUUGAAUCCAGUUGUAUUUAUUGAGACUGAAUUUAUGUUUACCUGCUACAUUUUUCAUUUUUUCUUGUGUGCCACGUAUGUUAACAAAGCACAAAGUGGUAAAAUAUACAUGUUUGUUGUACAAUAAAAUCUUUUCAAACAUCAAAAUAUGUUGCAUAAAAAGCUGUUAUGUACUGGACAAUUUAUCCAAAUGAUUCUGGGGUCUGGCCUUAUCCAUA